CUUAUUUUACACGAAUAAUUUAAAAUACGACCUACUAAGAAAUAAAUAUACCGCCGGGAUCUCGACUGACGCCGCAAAUAAAAUGCUUUUCUAUUCAUUUUUUAAAUCACUGGUUGGGAAGGAUGUUGUCGUAGAACUUAAGAACGACCUCAGUAUCUGUGGGACUCUUCACUCAGUGGACCAGUUUCUGAACAUAAAGUUGACAGAUAUUACAGUAACAGAUCCAGACAAGUACCCCCAUAUGCUUUCUGUGAAAAACUGUUUUAUUCGUGGCUCUGUCGUGCGCUAUGUUCAACUUCCGGCUGAUGAGUGCGACACACAACUUUUACAAGACGCAGCACGCAAAGAAGCAGCACAAAACAGACAGAGGUGAUGAGAAAAGUGAUACGCACAGACAAAGUGUUUUACAGGCAGCUUCUCGAAAGACAUUCAGCGCAAGGGUUAUAUACAUCUAGAUUUUCAUAACAAAGAUGUAUGUGCAAUUAUGCACACAUUUUGAUAGAAUGUCCUUUGCUAUGUCAUUUGUAAUGUUACAGACUAUUUUCUCUAAAAGUCUUUUGUUUAAUUUUGCAAAUCAUACUGUGAAUUGCAAAUUUGUGAAUGUUGAGUAUAAUUGAUACUUGACAAUCACAAAUUGUUGACUAGUGAAUAAAGUUACCUGAUCUGACUGUAUAGACCAUUUUUUAAAACAGAAAUUACUGGAAAAUAAUUUGAAAAAUAAAUAAAAAUGUAAAAGAAAAACUUGA